AUGGCUUCGACGAACGGGAUUGACGCUCGCUGGCUUGAUGCCAACGGAGACGAGCCCAUUGCCAUUAUUGGAACAGCCUGCCGGUUCUCAGGGACUGCUUCCAAUGAAGAUGGUCUAUGGCAGCUGCUGUCGAGCGGCAGGACUAGCUGGGCUAGCAAUGCCAGAAACCGAUUCAAGAUGGAGUCGUUCUGGCACCCCCAGGCUCAUCUCGCCGGUUCGACCAACGCUCGAGGCGUUCAUCUCCUUCAGCAGGACCCUGCUGUUUUUGAUAGUGACUUUUUUGGCAUCAGCGGUGUUGAAGCCAAAGCCGUGGACCCUCAGCAGAGACUCAUGCUCGAGGUGGCUUACGAGACCUUUGAGAAUGCCGGCAUUCCCAUUGAACAGCUGGAAGGCUCCAACACUGGCGUUUUCUGUGCCGUUUCUUACACUGAUUACGACCAAAUUCUUGGUCGCGAUCAAGAAACCUCACCAAUGUACCGUUUCACGGGAACAGGGCCAUCUCUCACAUCUGCCCGUGUGUCGUAUGCUUUUGACUUGCACGGACCAAGCAAGUCCGUCGACACGGCUUGCUCUAGUGCCUCGGUGGCUUUACAUGACGCCAUCCUGGCUCUUCGAGCUGGUGAUGCUGACCAGAUUCUGGUGGGGGGCUGCAAUCUGAUUCUAGACCCUGACAAAAUGUCCAUCAUCUCAUCCAUGUCAUUCCUUUCUCCUGAUGGUCGAUGCUAUUCCUUUGAUGAUCGCGCCAGCGGGUACGCCCGGGGCGAAGGCGUUGUUGGCAUGCUCCUGAAGCCCCUUAGCGCAGCCCUCCGGGAUGGCGAUCCCAUUCGAUCCGUGAUCCGAGGUAGUGCAGUUGUGUCCGAUGGUAAAACCCCGGGCAUCACAAUGCCAUCGCCUGAUAGCCAAUACGCAGCGAUUCAGCGCGCUUAUUCAGUGGCCGGGCUUGAUCCCAGAGAGACAGUCUAUGUGGAAGCACAUGGCACUGGCACAAAUGCUGGAGAUAAUUGCGAGGUUACCGCCUUUAGCAAAGCAUUUUGCCCAGACAGGUCGGGCAAGCUCAUUAUUGGCAGCGCCAAGUCCAACCUGGGCCACACAGAAUGCGUGUCAGGCUUGACCGGCAUAUACAAGGUCCUUUUGAUGCUUGAGAAGGGCGCAAUCGUCCCGACUCCCACCUUUCAGAACGCCAAUCCCAGGCUGCAAUUAGAGACGAGAGGGCUAGAAGUUGCAUCCAAGCUUCAACAGUGGCCAGAGGGAACGCUCCGCCGGGCGUCCGUGAACGGAUCCGGCUACGGUGGCACCGAUACCCAUGUCAUUCUUGAAGCCUGGUCACCACCAGCUAAGACGAUCGAGGCAGCAUCGCAGCUUGAGCUGAGAGGACCCCGCCAUGCAGCUGCCGGUGAGAUCCCCAAAGCCAGCCCAAAGGUCUUUGUCUUGAGCCACCAGCGAGAAGACGGCUUCUCCAAGCUGGCUGUUUCCUGGAAGAGAUUCCUCAUGGAGGCCAAGGCAAACCACAAAGAGCUGUCUCUUGACGACUUGGCCUACACGCUGUCGUCUAGGCGAACGCGGUUUGCACAGAGGGCUUCAUUCAUUGCUUCCAAUGUUGACGAGCUCCUGGACGGGAUCAAGAAGAUUGAGCUUGGCUCCAUCCGGCCUGUGAAAGCACUUGCUGAUUCACGAACGUGCUUCAUCUUCACUGGUCAGGGAGCCCAGUGGGCUCAGAUGGGUCUGGAACUCUUCUCCGCCUAUCCUCUCUUUGCUGAGUCGAUGCGUACAUCUGAGAGGGAGCUCAUUCGCAUGGGUGCAACCUGGCGCUUGAUCGAUGAGUUGAAGAAGCCCAAGGAAGAGUCUCGUAUCAACGAUGCUGAGUUGGCGCAGCCGUGCUGUACCGCAAUUCAGGUCGCAUUCGUGGACCUCCUCGCUUCAUGGGGCGUGCACCCGGAUAUGGUCUGCGGUCACUCAAGUGGCGAGAUCGCGGCGGCAUAUGCUGGCGGCAGCUUGACCGCGUCAGAAGCGAUCAAGGUGGCCUAUCACAGAGGCAAGUCUGUCUACUACCUCACGCUGAAGAAGGGCACGAGGCAGGGAGGCAUGCUUGCCGCAGGUCUGUCAGAGACCGACGCGCUCAAGUAUACCUCCAAGUACAGCGAGCAAACAGUCAACGUCGCGUGCAUCAACAGUCCCUCCAGCGUCACGAUAUCAGGUGACGUCGGGGCUAUUGAGGAGAUUGCGAAUAAGCUCGAGGAGGACGGCGUCUUCAACCGACGUCUGGCUGUUCCAGUAGCCUACCACUCCUUCCACAUGGCUGCCGUUGGAGAGUCCUAUGGCGCAGCGCUUGAGAAUCUCCAGCCUCGCCAGUUCAAGCCAAGUGUGCGAAUGGUAUCCUCUGUCAAUUGUGAAGAGGUUGACGGCCGAGAGCUCGAUGGCGAUUACUGGGUUCGCAACCUGCUGCGUCCCGUUCGCUUCGCGCCAGCAUUGGCCAAGCUCCUCAGUCUUCCUGCGAAAGGCAGCACCUCGUCUGCGUUGCCGCCUACUGUCAUGGUUGAGCUUGGCCCUCACCCGGCACUGCAGGGGCCUGCUACCCAGACAGCCAAGACCGUCGGAGGCCUUCCCCCCGUGCACUACUUCACCUGCUUGAAGAGAAAGGAGAAUGCGGUCCACAGCGUGCUCACGCUCGCGGGUGGCCUGUUCAACAGUGGUCUCCCCAUUACGCUGACGGGCGCCAACAAUCCUCUGGGCACUCCCACCAAGGUAUUGACCGACCUGCCGUCGUAUACCUGGAACCAUGGCAAGACACACUGGAACGAGUCCCGCCGCAGCCAGGCAUACCGUCUGCGAAAGUUCCCCCGUCAUGAUCUUUUGGGAUCUGCUGCUGCUGAUAGCAUCAGCGCCGAGCCGUCUUGGAGAAUGUUUGUUAGGCUUUCCGAGAUCCCGUGGGUCAGAGAUCAUUGCAUUGACGGCCAGAUUGUCUUCUCCGCAGCCGGCUUUCUGACUAUGAUAGUGGAAGCCGUGAAGCGCCAGUCGGUCGUAGCGCAGCGGCCUUGGAAGAGAAAGGUGAUUGAGUUCAAGCAAGUCGCCAUCGAUAGGCCUCUCCUUGUUCAGGAGGAUGCCUUUGGAACCGAGGUUUUCAUUCUUCUACGACCCUAUGCAGUGACAGCUCGUGAUUCGAGCUCGAAGUGGCAGGAGUUCCGGAUCUACAGUGUUUCUCAGAACAAUGAAUCUACAGAGCACUGCCGGGGCUUGAUUGGCCUGUCGGAGAACAAGGGCAAGCUGGGAACCCCCCCACAAUCUGCAGCAGGUGGUGCUUGGGCGCAACUUGAAUCCACGCAGCUGUACAAGCUCCUGAGCAGCUCCGGCAAUGGUUAUUCAGGCUGCUUUGCCAACCUUGAUAAAGUCUCGGCCCGUGCUUGGGAGUCCAACUGCGAGCUGACUGUUCCCGAUGUCAAGGCCACAAUGCCCUCCGGCCACCAAGAGCCGCACCACAUCCAUCCCACGACACUGGAAGGCUGUUUCCUGGCAUGCCUUCCUGGUGUGAGACUUGGCAAAGGACUGGACGGCCCUCAAGUGGUCUCCUCUAUUGAUGAGCUCUGCAUUUCGACCGAUAUUGAGCUCCAGCCGGGGCACAAGCUCUCUCUCACGGCCAAGUCAAGCCCGCAUGGAUUGAGACAGCACAUUUCGGACAUUUUUGCUACGGACAGCGCAAAGAAUGUCAUUGUUCGAGUUGCUGGCAUCAAGUUCUCAUCGUUGGGAAGCUAUCAAGACGAGACAAAUGUUGUCGAUGACCCUCUGUGCCACCAGGUUGAGUGGCUCUUGGAUCCCUUUUCUUCGCCCAGUGAAGCCUUGGCCGCUUACUGCCAGAGAACACUGGAGGCCAGCCCUCGGCAGCCACGCCAGACCUACAACUCCUUCUCUCAGGCCGCCGAGGAUGACUCCUUCAAGAGAUGCUACGUACAGCUUGCCGAGUAUCUCAAGCUUGUGCAGUACAAGGUGCCCAACCUGCGUAUCCUGGAAGUCGGCGGCGGAGCUGGCGCCCUGACCUCUGUGCUCCUCGAGGCCAUCUACGGAGAGAAGCGGAAGUAUGCAACUACCAAGGGCUCCUACGUUUUCACUGACGUCUCCGACGUAUCCAUUUCCCAAGCCCAAGAGGCACUCAAGGCGUUUGAGGGCGUUGUGGAAUACAAGACCCUCAACGUAGAGCAGUCUCCGGCUCAGCAGGGCUUUGAGCUCAAUUCCUUUGAUGUCAUUGUCGCAUCAAAUGCCAUCCAUGCCACGCUUAGCCUCGAGCACAACCUUGGCAAUCUGAAGAGCCUCCUCAAGCCCGGUGGCCAAAUUGCCUUUGCAGAACUCGUCGCGCCGUCUCAUCGAUGGGGAAUCAACGGAAACUCUCAAAACUCUCCUCUUUUGUCCACGCCGGAAUGGGAAGGUGUCCUCGUUAAGAGCGGCUUUUCUGGUGUUGCACUCGAGUUCAAGGACUUUGCAUCGGAGGAGGAGCACGAAGUGAGCCUGCUCAUCUCCAAUGCUGCAAACUCUGAGGUGAAGGAGGGCGUUGGAAGCAUCACUAUCUUUACCGGGCGACAGACUGGUGUGGCAGAGGAGCUGCGCAGUGGCCUGGUGGCUCAAUAUCCUGGCACCGUGGUGUCCGCCGUUCCACUUGCCAAGGAGGCGGCAUCUCCUGGGGCCUACAUCUUCCUUUCGGAUGUUUCUGAGAACUUUUUGUCGACGGCGUCUGAGAAAGACUGGGAGAACGUCAAAGAUAUCCUCAGCGACGCGACAGCUGUGCUGUGGGUGACCAAGGGAGCCUCUACAACUGGCCAGGCACCUCAUCGUGCACUCGUUACUGGGCUGGCACGAAGCCUGCGUGUGUCUCGACCCGACCUCAGGUUCUUCACCGUGGACAUCGACGCAAGCUCUGCGGAGGCCGCUAGUAUUCUGCAGGUUUAUGAGAAGUACUUGGGCCCUGGUGCCUCCCCCUACUCUGCGGCCGAGUGGGAGCUUGCCAUCUCCAAUGGAAGCAUCGUGAUACCGCGGUUGUUGGAGAACAAGGUGGUCAACCACCAGGUUCAGGACACUACCUCAAAGUAUCACCCGCGCGAGGAAACUUAUACCGAUCUUAGCCGUUCUCUGGGUCUCCGAAUCAAUUCUGUCGGAGUCUUGGACUCUCUGUACUGGGCUGAUGAUGAAGCCCACGCUCAGCCUCCCAGCGUAAUGCAGGCCAAAGUUCGGGUGGAAAGUUUCGCGCUCAACUUCAGGGACAUGCAGACGAUUACCGGCCAGCUCGAAGGCAACUCGUCUCUUCUCCUUGAGGGAAGUGGCACAGUCAUCGAGGUCGGCGAUGCUUCCCAGUCAAGCCUAUCUGUGGGCGAUCGGGUUAGCUUCUUUGUCCCUGAUGGGCUGGCCACUGUCAGCAAUGUGGACGUUCGCCACGCCGUCAAGGUUCCGGGAGACAUCAGCAGUGAUGUCGCCGCUGCUGUUCCGCUGGCUUACUCGACUGCGCUGUAUGCUCUCCGAGAUGUCGCCAGGCUUCAGCGAGGCGAGAGUAUCCUGAUCCACUCUGGAGCUGGAGCAGUCGGCCAGGCAGCAAUUGCCCUUGCAAAGGCUUUUGGCGUUGAAGACAUUUACGUCUCCGCUGGAAGCGCAGAAAGGGCAGAGCUCAUCAGCAGCAUGUUUGGAAUCCCGGCUGGCCACAUCGUAUCCAGCCGAGACCUGGAACUGGGUCAUCGUCUUCUUGAGCUGACGAAUGGACGAGGCGUCGACGUCGUUGUCGGUUCCCUUUCUGGAGACGCCUUCUCAGAGAGCUGCAGCGCCGUUGCCCCCUUCGGCCGAAUUAUUCAGCUCUGCGAGAGAGACGUUGCAAACAACGGACGAUUGGACAUGAAGGCUCUUCAGAAGAAUGUGUCCCUUUCUGUCGUGAACAUGGGCUUCCUCGCAAGAGAGAGGCCCCUGGUGUUCCACGAGCUACUGGAAACCUCUUUCAGCAUGCUCCAGAAGGGGACGUUGGCUCUGGUUGGCCCGAUUGUGUCGUCCCAUGCUUCCAAGGUUGCUGAGCAGCUUCGAUUGAUACAGGCGGGCGAUUUUGUUGGCAAGUCGGUGUUCCAGCUGGACGCCAAUCUGCCACUGAAGAUUCAACCCCAAAAGCCGAAGCCUGCGGCCCUGCGGGAAAACAGCUCUUACCUUAUCGCUGGUAAUGCUGGGAACCUAGACGCAGCAGUUGCCAGAUACUUGGCGAAGCUGGGAGCUCGCCGCGUCAUCGCGUGUCAGGGUUCUGGCAUCGAGGCGGCUUCGGACGAGAUCAAGAGCCUCGGCACUGAUGUCGUCUUGAUUCGCGGCAACACUUCCGGCCAGCUGUUUGUCGAUCAGCUGCGAGAGGCAAGCGCUGAUGCACCUGUCAGGGGCAUCAUUCUUGGAGAUGCCGAGAUUUCUGACGCGGACCUCAAAGCUGUGUCAUAUUCUCAGUGGUCGACUGCCGUUGAGCAUGCCACCAAAGGCAUCACCAGCCUCCAGGAGGCCUUUGGCUCAAACCUCGACUUCUUCAUCCUGCUGAACCGCACUUCCACUUUCGUGGGUGGUCCUGAGCAGAGCAUCGCCAGUGCCAUCGGCGCGUUCCGGGACAGCUUUGCCCAGACUCAAGCCAGCCAGGGCCUCCCCGUCAAGUCUAUUGCCCUCGGCGCUGUGGAGAAGGAAAGCUCUGAUGACGCCGAAGAUGUGCUCCCUCCCUCCGACAUCCGCCCGCAGACCGUAGACGAGGUCCUCGCCGUGAUCAACUAUGCCAUCCAAAGCCCCUCCCACCAGAGCCAUAUCAUCUGCGGCGCCAGCCAAUUCGCCCCCAAUCCCGCCUCCCCCUCCCCUUCGCAGCGCCCAGACGCCCGCUUCGCACACGUCUGGUCCCGCGCCGCCCCCCGCGCCUCCUCCAAGGGCGGCGGCGACGACGACUCCUUUGACGUGCAGGCGGCGCUGCGCAGCUCCGCCACCGGCGAGGCCGCCGUCGACGCCGUCUUCACGGGCCUGAAGCAGAAGCUCGCCAAGCUGCUGGCCGUGCCGACGACGGAGAUCCAGCCGGACCGCGCGGUGUCGAGCUACGGCGUCGACUCGCUCGUCUCGGUCGAGCUGCGCAACUGGAUCACGGGAUACCUGGGCGCACACGUGCAGAUGCUGGAGCUGAUGAGCUCCAUGGCCAUGGUGCAGCUUUCGGAGGUGAUUGCCAAGAGGUCCCGGCUGGUGCCUGCGACUGUCUUUGGGGUUGCGGAGGAGAAGAAGUAA